AUGACCUCAACUGCUCCGGAAAAGGAGAAGGAUAAGUCCAAAGUACACAAGCUGUCUCUCAAGGGCAGCGCAAAGCUUGUUGCCGAGUUUUUCCAAUAUUCUAUCCAUACAAUUCUCUUCCAGCGAGGAGUCUACCCCGCCGAGGACUUCACGGCCGUAAAGAAAUAUGGAUUGAACAUGCUGGUGUCGUCAGACGACCAGGUCCGCGCCUACAUCAAGAAGAUUAUGUUGCAGCUGGAUAAAUGGAUGCUUGCCGGCAAGGUGCAGAAGCUCGUCAUUGUUAUCACCGAUAAGGACACAGGCGAGCAUGUUGAACGGUGGCAGUUCGACGUUCAAAUCUUGCAAAAGACCUCCAAGAGAUCCAAACCCUCAUCCAAAUCCAGCGCUACCCCUUCUGCCGACGAAAACGAAGCAGGCAGCUCUUCCACCGCCGCUGCGUCCUCCCCCCCCGAGAAAACCGAAGCCGAGAUCCAAGCCGAGAUCGCAGCGCUGUUUCGGCAGAUCACCGCGUCUGUAACAUUCCUUCCUCAGCUGCAGGGCGACUGCACCUUCAACGUGCUGGUGUACGCCGACGCGUCGAGCGAGGUGCCCGUCGAGUGGGGCGACAGCGACCCCAAGGAGAUCGAAAAUGGCGAGCGCGUGCAGCUUCGCAGCUUCAGCACCUCGAACCAUCGCGUCGAUACCUUAGUUAGUUACCGGCUGUUAGAGUGA